AUGGAUAAAAAAUUUGACAGUUUGAAUACCAUUGAGGAGCAAUGGAGCAAUUACGAACAAGCAUCUGCUCUUCAAAGAGAUGUAGAUAAACACUUCGCCCGCGCUUGGCUACCAAUUAAUGGCAUAGUUGCAAGAAGAUGGUUUAAAGAAGAGUUCCAAGAAGACCAGUUAGAGAAUGAAUAUAUAUUCA